CCCAUGCCAGAGCAGCAGGAGGACCCUGCGUCUCAAAUUUCACUCCUUUAGUUAGGAGCUGAGGAGGAGAGCUUGGUCACAGUUAAGCGGAACUUGCGCGUGUCAACAUCCCACUUCUGGAAUGCCGUGCAGAGUCUUUCUGACGGAAUAACCUGGACUCACCGAACCGCCAGGUGCCACUCAUGUCUCCUCUCCUCCUUACCUCAUCAUCACCUGUCUGGCAAAUGCUGUGUUUCCUGAUCAGGGUCCUCCUGCUGCUGUCCUCAGGGGUCCAUGGCCAAGGUCGUCUUAAGUUGACGGUUCUGUCUGAAGACAGGCUGCAGAUGAAAUGGAAGGAGGCUGAUGGACCUGUUCAGGGUUACAAAGUCAGAGUGAGAUCAAUGUCAGAUGUGCCACAACCAGAGCUGAUGCUGACCACCAUCCGGGGCCGGGCAACAGUGGCCGGACUGGACUCUAGUCAGGAAUAUUCCCUCCAAGUCCUCGUACUCAAUGGGACAACAGAGAAACUUCUCGCAAAGCGACGAUUCACUAUGGAAGGUUUGCGUGAGGAAGAGAUGAUUCGCAGUGGUAGCCGUGACCAGAAGAAGAAGACGUUGCCAAGCGGGUCGGGAUCGGGGGACCUGGAUGAUAUAACAGAGACCCUGUUAGGUCUGCCACCAACGCUGUACCCAGAGCUCACGACCACCACUGCUUCUUCUGCCACUACUGCAGAGCCCCCAACCACAGAAAGCCCCUCUGAACUCCCUGAUGAGGCCUCAGAGAAAGCCACCAAAGAGAAAAAGAAGAGAAAGAAAGAAAAGGAGCGACAUCGUUCUACAGUGGAAAGCACUGAUGAUCAGGGGACGAAACGAGGUAGACUGACUGAGGAUAAAACCCGAAAAACACCUGUCCAUACACAGCCAGUCACAGGGAUGUAUCCAAGAAAACCAUAUGAGUGCAACAUUGAUGCAGCAGCAGACAUCAUACUUUUGGUAGAUGGCUCCUGGAGUAUUGGACGCACCAAUUUCAGGCGGGUCAGAGACUUCUUGGAGGGGCUGGUGACACCUUUCCACAUUGGGCCAAAUCACAUCCAAAUCGGUUUGACCCAGUACAGUGGAGACCCUCGAACAGAAUGGCAGCUCAACAACUACACUACUAAAGAGCAGCUGUUGGAGGCAGUAAGAAAUUUCAGAUAUAAAGGAGGAAACACAUUUACAGGACAGGCACUGAUUCAUGUCAUGGAGGAGAACAUGAGGUCUGAAGCAGGCAAAAGAUUAGACACCCCGUUUUUCUUGGUGUUGUUGACUGAUGGGAAAUCUCAGGAUGAUGCCAUUGCUGCAGCAAACCGGCUGAAGAAUGCAGGGGUGGAAAUCAUUGCUGUAGGUGUGAAGAAUGCAGACGAAGCUGAGUUGAGACAGGUGGCAUCGGAACCAGUGGAUCUGAACGUUUACAAUGUGAAUGACUUCCCUCUGCUCAGCAAGCUGGUGGCUCGGCUGGUUCACAUUCUGUGUGGAAGGAUAGACGACCGUGGCAUCACAAAACGAAUGGAGCCCAGGCCCACAGCAGACCCAGCCCUCUCUUACCCCAGUCCUACUAAUCUCCGGUUUUCUGAACUUGCAUCCAGAGAGGUGAAGCUGCACUGGACCAAUCCUACUAAGGCAGUCCAGCUGUACAGAGUGGUGUACCACAGUGCUGAGGGUCAAACUCCCCAGGAGGUGGUGCUGCCCGGCUCUGAAUCCUCUGUGCUGCUGGACGGCCUGUCAUCUCACACUCUGUACCACGUGUCCAUUUUCCCUGUGUAUGCAGACAGCGUUGGCCUUGCACUCAGAGGAACUGUCACUACAUUGCCACUGGUCAUGCCAGCCAACUUGGAGGUGAUUCCUUCCUCUUACAGCAUGCUGCGAGUGAGUUGGAGUGCAGCUCCUGGUGCUACUCAGUACAUGAUCCUGUACUCUGCACUCAGCCAUGGAGAGCCUGAUGAUGCAAGGGAGGAGAAAUUCAGUGCAGAUCAGACUGUGGUGGAGCUGACAGGUUUACUACCAGCAACAGACUACUCCAUCACACUUUAUGCCCUUUACGAUGAAGAACCCAGUGACCCUGUCACCUCUGUUGCUACCACCUUCCCUCUCCCAGCACCAGUGAGCAUUCAGUUCCCGAUGGUCACCCAUAGUAUGUUGAGAGUGAGCUGGGUGCCCGGCGCUGUCGAUGUCCCCGGCCACAGAAUCACCUACAGCACCAACCAUGGCAGUGACAUCAAACAGGUGGAGGUAACAGGGCUGAACUCAGUGCUCGUUCAGAACCUCUCAUCUCUAUCAGGAUACCUGGUAUCAGUCCAGUCCAACUACCCACAAGGUCUGUCCACAGCAUUCACCAGCAACGUCACCACAUUGAAGGUGCCUUCUCCAUCAGACCUGAGAGUAACUAACUUCUCAGGUACCGAUAUCACCGUUCGAUGGGAGGCUGCAGCUGAUGAUGUUGUUUCUUAUCUCAUUAAGUGGAUCUCCUUAAGUGGGGGAGACCUGAGACAGCUGAGGGUGAACGGUGACAGUGAAGGGGCUAUUCUGGAGGGGGUGGAGAAUGAUAAAGAGUACCAAAUCUCUCUGUCUGCACUUUAUGGAGACGGAGCUCAGAGUGAAGCUGUGGCCAUUCGAUAUAGCACCUUGUCAGGUGGAGGCCCAUCGAACGUAGUCGUUUCAGAGGAGACUGCAGUCAGUUUGGUGGUAAGCUGGGUGCCACCUAACGCUCAUGUCCUCCAGUACCGUGUGUCUUUCAUGGCACUCACUGGAGCUGAGACUCAGGACAACACUGUUUUGGUCCCAGGUGGUAAUAAGCAGGUGGUGUUAGAGUCAUUACAGCCAGAUACACGUUACAGCAUCUUGGUCACUGCAGAGUAUCGCAACAGAGAGGGGGGCAGUGGGUCAGCUCAAGGCAAAACUGCCAGUUUGCGGGUGAGCAGCGUAAGUGUUGUCAGAUCAGACCACUCAAGUAUAUGUGUGUCAUGGAGACCGGUCUCUGCUGUUGAUGGAUAUCGUAUUGUAAUCCAGUCUGUCAAAGACAAGCAAACAAAGCAAGAAGUUGUUGAUGGGUCCAGUAGCAGUCAUUGCUUCAUUGACCUGGAACCUGAGACUCUGUAUCGCAUCAGCGUGCACUCACUGCUCGGCUCAGCAGAGGGCACAGCUGUCUCCAUUCUCCAUCCAACAGCCACAGCUCCAGCCAGAAUUCCCAUCCAACCCCGGAUGUACCCUAUCACCAACGAAGUCUGUCCUGAAGUCACCAUCAGAAACCGCAUCGUUAAAGGGUUUAACAUGAUGGAAGCGUUUGGUCUGACGCAGAAGGCCCACUCAUCAGUGGAGGGCGUGGCUGCUGAGCCUUUUGUCUUUAACACACUCCCCACCUACACUUUGUUCAGAGAUGUUCAACUGACACAGAGCACCAAGUUCAUCCAUCCUGCAGGUUUCUCUCCAGAGUACACCAUCAGCAUUCUCUUCCGCCUGCUACAGGAUACACCCAGAGAGCCGUUCGCUCUCUGGCAGCUCACUGACAAUGACUUCCAACCAAAGAUGGGACUGGUGAUUGACCCUUCUAACAAACAUCUGCAGUUCUUCAGUCUGGAUUACAGAGGGGAGGUGCAGGAGCUGACCUUUGAUCAACAGCAGGUCCACAGGCUGUUCUAUGGCAGUUUUCACAAGGUUCACCUGUCUGUUAGCCAGGUAAGUGUGUCCCUGUCUGUGGACUGCCAGCACGUGGGGGAGAGGCCGGCCCGCCCUCUAGGCAACCUGCCAAAUGAUGGAUUUGAGAUGCUGGGAAAACUGGUGAAGACCCGAGGACCCAAUAGUGGAUCAGCCCCGUUUCAGCUGCAGUCCUUUGAGAUCAUCUGUAACACCACAUGGGCGUCAGAGGAUGGCUGCUGUGACCUACCUGGUGUGAGAGAUGAGGAGAGCUGUCCGGCUCCUGCGUACACCUGUACCUGUUCCUCAGACAUUCCCGGAGCUCCUGGUGCCUCAGGACCAAUUGGGAAGCCAGGUCCUAGAGGUGUAAAGGGUGAGAAAGGAGAGCAAGGCCAGAAGGGGGAAGUUGGUCCUCCAGGAAAGCCUGGGUUUGAAGGAGGCCUCGGGCCCCUGGGCAGUGUUGGACCCCGAGGGAUAACAGUGCAGGGCAAAGUGGGUCCACCUGGAGCCAGGGGAGAAAAGGGAGAUCCUGGACGACCUGGACUCCAGGGUUUACCAGGACCUCCAGGUCCAAAAGGAGAUGAGGGGGUCCCGGGCCCCAAAGGCAUCAGGGGUGUGGAGGGAAACAUCGGGGGCCCUGGUCUCACCGGACCCAGGGGUUUCCAAGGAAUGCCAGGACACCCAGGGCCUUUCGGAGAGAGGGGUCCGUCAGGACCUGUUGGACCUACGGGUCUGCCAGGGAAUAAAGGGGAACGAGGUGAAAAGGGAGAACCUCAGUCUAUGGCAAUGAUCUAUCAGCUGGUCACACAGGCCUGUGAGCAACUAGUCCACAAGGAGGUGUUAAAACUUGACAUGUACAUUAAUAAGAUAAGUCAUAAUCCAGCUCCUAUAGAGGAGCCUGUGGGGCCUCCGGGAGAACCUGGUAUACCAGGAUCCAGGGGCCCACCAGGUGGUAGAGGCACUCAGGGAAACGUGGGUGCAAGAGGGAAGCCUGGCAGGCCUGGUUAUCCAGGAGAACAGGGAAGGAGAGGUAUUAUAGGGGACAAAGGUGAUGCUGGGAGCAAUGUCCAGGGAUCCUCAGGAGUCAAAGGAUUUGCAGGUCCUUCAGGUGAGUCCAAGCUGGGAGUCCCAGGUCCUAAAGGAGAUGAUGGAAGGGCAGGACCCCCAGGAAUCCCUGGACCUCCAGGGCAGCCUGGCGAGAUUGGACCUCCAGGUGUGUGUGACAGCAGUGGAGGCUGCCAAAGAGUUCCACAGCAAACAGAUGACCCUUACUAUGGCUACCAGCCCUGACUGAACAUUAAAACUGGCAACAGUGGUACGCUAUUAAACAUCUGUAGCAAACAACUGCAGUGUACUUUUGAGUUCAACGACAUUGUGAACUGAGCCAGAACUGGCACCAUAGAGGAAAUCUGGCACGAUGACUGAUGUGAAAGCUUCACCAAACAACAUGUAGGAACAUGAAAUGACACCGGGAGAAUCACUCCUUGUUUUUCUUUGUACAGUUCACCAUUAAAGAACUGUGGAGAAAUUAGGGAGCCAUCUAGUGGAGAUUGAAAUGUUUACUAAUGAGUUGACAGAAUGGAAGCUAAGUGCCAUCUUAUGCAACACAUUCGCACUGAAAGCGUUUAUUACUAUUUUUAUUUACUUAUGCACUGCAUAGAUUCAAACAUUUUAGCCAUUUUUGUCCUUUUUUAUAUAUUUAAUUUUCAUUUUAACCUCAACUUCCUCAAAGAUAAUGAAAAUAUAUAGUCCAUGGUACGAAAGCUUCUUUUUGUUCCAUGGUAUUAAUGAUACUGUGAGAAUGUCUAUUAUGUGUAUAAUUUGUACAUGUUUGUUGUAUUUGCUGUAUCUUUUUAUUCAUGUAUAUUUUACAAAUUCUAACUGCUAAGUUGUGAUUACAUUUUCAGAUUUAUUGGGUUUGGGUAAUGAGCAUUUUAUGUUUAAAUGAGGAAGAGACUGUUAGACCUGUGUUUUCUUCAAUUAACCUACAUGUUCAUUUGUUUAUCUUUUAUGAAUAAAAUCUUCAAUUAUUUGACUAAA